GAUCUGGGAAUCUCAUCGCUUCUCUCUUUGUUCGGGCCCAGAGGUUCCUCUUCUGCUGCACUUACCCUGAGGACUGGGGCUGAUCAUGCUGAGAUUUGGGCAGCACCUCAUCAAGCCCUCCGUGGUGUUCCUGAGGACGGAGCUGUGCUUUGCCCUGGUGAACCGCAGGCCGGUGGUGCCAGGACAUGUCCUUGUUUGUCCCCUGCGGCCGGUGGAGCGUUUCCGUGACCUGUGUCCCGAGGAAGUGGCCGAUUUGUUUCGUACGGCGCAAAGGGUUGGAAAUGUGGUGGAGAAACAUUUCUGUGGCACCUCACUCACCUUUUCCAUCCAGGAUGGCCCUGAAGCUGGACAGACGGUGAAGCAUGUUCAUGUCCAUGUGCUGCCAAGGAGGGCUGGAGACUUCAGCAGGAAUGAUGAUGUCUACGAGGAGUUGCAGCGACACGACAAAGAUGAUUCCCCUGACAAGUGGAGAACAGAAGAAGAAAUGGCAGCUGAAGCAGAAAUUCUGAAGAAGUAUUUCCAGGAAAAUUAGAGGUAACAAAGUGUUUGGAACACAUCCCAUGACGCCAGAAAGUCCCCAGAAAGAACGACCUCAUUCUCCAGUUCUUAGUGGCCCUGGAGGUGCAGCUCAACAAUUUUAUUAUGUUCUACAAAUUUGGGAUUCUUCCAUGAAAAAUUUUAUUGGACCUUUGGAUAUCAUCAAGGUUGAACUCCAGCUAAGACAACUAAACAGCAGUGGUUCAAAAUAUUGCUCUGAAUUGUAACUCAUAUUUUUCUGAAUUGUGUGCUUGGGAAUGAAUCUUUUUAAAUUGUCCCUUGGCCUAAAUUGAAAUAAAAUUCCAGGAAAAUCAGGUAGCUACUGUGUUUAGGUACAUUACAAAGUGUUUUCUC